AUGAACGGUGACACUAAACCCACACAGGCGAUAUUAAGCCUUGUAAAGUUGGGAAGAAACGACGAGUGGCAUUCGAAAUCUGGCGUUCCAAAAAUUACCAAAUUGCUUCCGAAUAAAGAUUCCAUAACUAUAGGUUGUCCUAGUGGAGAACAUCAGCCCGAUGUCUGCAUGAAAAGCAUAUCGAAGAAAAUCAAGAUUUCGCCGUAUCAUGCAAUAAUUCAAAGAGAAUCCGACAGCGGUUUUACAAUAAUCGAUAAAAGUAAAUUUGGAACUUAUCUCAACUACGUUCGAGUAAAAGGCAGAAUGCGACUCGAAAAUGGUGAUAUCAUCUGCUUUGGUUGUGCCAAGGGAUUUCGAAUUAGACCCGGUCAAGAAAUCGACAAGAAAUCAUCCGACCUGAAGUAUAUGGUGAGUAAAUACCUAAAACUUACAGUAAUAAUUUAA